AUGGCGCAUUUUCAGAUCGGGGAAGGAUUCAAAUGGGAAGCUGCAUUUUUCUGCUGUUGGGUUUUAUGCUGGGUCGCGGUUAGUUCUAAUGCUGAAGGUCGCGCUGUCAACGCAAGUACGAGACCUAAGCUGAACAGAUUAUUCUAUAGCCAUAGUUGUCCGAGAUUGGAGCAUGUAGUGUCGUCCACUAUGGCUAGGCACUUGCAACAAAACAUCGCUUCUGGUGCUCCUCUGCUUCGCAUGUUCUUCCACGAUUGUGCUGUCAAUGGAUGCGAUGCGUCAGUGUUGAUCGAUUCAACUCCUAACAACACCGCAGAGCGCGAUGCAAUACCGAACCAGACCGUGAGAGGAUACCAUAUCGUCGAUGACAUCAAGAGCCAGGUUGAGGUCAUGUGCCCCGGCAUUGUGUCCUGUGCCGACAUUAUUGCUCUCGCAAGCCGUGAUGCAGUUGUGCUGGCAGGAGGGCCAACAUGGCAUGUAGAGCUUGGGCGAAGAGACGGCCGCAUUUCCAGAGCUGAUCAAGCAGGAAGUCAGCUACCGUCUUCGCAAUCCACUGCCGAGUCUCUCAUCACGCAGUUCGCUGCGCUGGGCUUGACUCCCCGCGACAUGGCCACAUUGUCUGGGGCGCACACUUUUGGAAGAGUGCAUUGUGCGCAAGUGGCAAGACGAUUCUUUGGGUUCAACAGCACAACGGGGUACGAUCCUCUACUCUCUGACACCUACGCUACCAAGCUGCGCACAAUGUGUCCCCAACCCGUGGACGGCACAUCACGCAUCCCGACGGAGCCCAUCACCCCCGACCAGUUCGACGAGCACUACUACACGGCGGUGUUGCAAGAUCGAGGCAUUUUGACAUCGGAUUCGUCCCUGCUCGUCAACGCGAAAACAGGACGGUACGUGAAGGAGUAUGCCCAAAACCGAACUGUUUUUUUCGAGCGGUUCGCUGCAGCCAUGCUCAAAAUGGGCCGCUUUGGGGUGAAGCUGGGCACCGAAGGAGAAAUUCGGAGAGUGUGCUCUGCUGUGAACUGAACAACAACGACAACAACAACGACGUCAAGCCCCAACAGUCAUCCAAAAUUGUGGAUACAAAUAAUGUCUGCUCGACUAGUCUGCCAGUGGUUGGCUCAGUAGUGCACCUUGUGUACAAACAUUGUCUGAUUGUGAAUUAGAAAUUGUCAAACACGAGGACUCAACCGUCUUCUGUUCUCAUCACAAGGUCUGCUCAAAUCUGAGUUGUAAACAAUUCACAUUUACCCAUGCGAGCGUUUUCCUUGUAAGGAUGGAUCUAAUGCUUGCAGUGCAACAAACUGAACAAGAGCGAGAGUUCUGGCUGCUGUUCCCGGAUCUUACUGCCCUUCGAAUGCUCUGGAAUGGUGCACACUUGGGACGGAGCUAACUCACACCUGAUAGACUUCAGAGGUGAUGGGUUACUUGGA